UGUGACAAGGGGCAAACGUGACAAGUGAAUAUCAGCUGAUAUCAGUGACAGACUGGAUAUCGUUUAUGUCUGCAGCGUUCAAAACGCAUACAUAAACAUAUUUCGUGUUAAACGCGUCUAUCAUUAUAAAUUUCAUUCAUAAUCUCCGAGAAUGAUGCAGCAAGAACCUACGGCGUAUGAUCUGGCUUAUCGCGGAAAAACCGCGGCCGUAAAAAUUCUGUUGAAUGAGAACGAGAAACUGAAGACACAAACCGACAGCAACGGUCGCAUGUUGAUCCACUGGGCAGCACUGGGUGGUCACGAUGACCUGGUCAGGCAUUUGCUGUCUCUCGAUGUACCCGUCGAUCCUGUGGACGAUACGAACAUGACUCCGUUGAUCCUGGCGUCGUCCGCCGGUCGUGAAAAGGUUGUCAACACGCUGCUGACUGAGGGGGCGAACGUAAACGCGAUGACGGUCGACGGCCAUUCAGCAUUGCAGUACGCCGCGUCGAAAAAUUGGAAGGCCAUCUGCAUAGCGUUGCUCGAAAAGGGUGCCGACGUGAACAUCGCGGAUAAACGAGGUGCCACGCCGCUGCACAGAUCCGCCUCGAAAGGCAACACCGCCAUCGUGAAACUCCUCAUAGAGUAUGGGAAGAAAUUGAAUAUAGAUCAAAGAGAUGCGUACGGUAAUACGCCGUUACAUCUUGCAUGCGAGGAGAACCGCGUAGAAGAGGCAAAGCUGUUGGCGGCGCGCGGAGCUGACCUGACGAUCACCAAUAAGGAGCGUAAGACUCCAUUGGAUCUCGCUAGUCCCGGAUUGGUCCGACAGCUCGAAGAAAUCAAGCGAGAGGCAGCGUCAAAAUAAAAACGCGCCCCCGUUUUUCGAUUUAAUUUACUAUUUAAGUUUUAUUUAAAUAUGUCCCCAAUAAAUUCAUCACGAUCAA